AUGGAAGAUGCCAGACUUGCAGACGAUAUUGUCACGGAGCGAGUUCUUCGUGAGGUGGAACGCUUUCGACGGGAGAAGCUCGUGGACUUUAAGCAUAUUAUUCUGGACUACAUUCAAAUGCAGAUUGAGUACAGCAAGAAAGUGGAGGAUGAGUGGCAAGAGGUCAUUCCGAAGCUCGCGGCGAUUCAGGUAGAGAAUGGCGGACCUGUAUUGGCACCAGUGGGCCCAGUCUCACAAGAUACGGUGGAUAGUGCCCUGCGUGAAGAAGAAGCAGCAGAAGAAGAGGAGACAGCUACUACAACUCUUGGUUCGAUGAUACAGGAAGAUUACAUUCCGUCGAAUGGAGAUUUGACAGAUAGCCUUUCGGAUCUGACACUUAUGGCAAACGAUGACGAUGAGGACGAAGACCUUUUCCAGCACUCACCAUAUGGUUCUCGGGCUACGGGCGACUUGAAUCCGGACGUGUUACUGUAA